CAAAGCCCAGAUUAACCGCGCGAAGCUGCGAGAUUUUGAGGUGGAAUGUGAGAGUGGAAAUGGCUACCUUGGCGCUCCUGAGCCUAACAUCUCCUUCACUCUCCUCUCCCAGAUCUCUUCCUCGCUCAAAUCACACCAGAUUCGGUGCCCUUACUACCACUUCGGGUUGGGCUCGGAGAACUGUGCGGCUUCCCGUUCUAUGCUCAGCUUCGGAGCCCAAUCAAAACGCCGAAUCCGAACCGGAAACGACGUCGUCUCCGCCGUCGUCUUCGAGUGACUUGACCUACAAACUAUGUGCCGGGCUCGGAGGCAUCGGGUUUCUCGAAACGACCUACUUGACCUUCCUCAAGCUCACGAAUUCCGAUGCCUUCUGCCCCACCGGCGCCGGCGGCGGAAGUUGCGGCGACAUCCUCAACAGUGAAUACGCCGUCGUUUUUGGGGUUCCUCUUCCGUUGUUUGGAAUGCUUGCAUAUGGGUUAGUUGCUACACUUGGUGUGCAGCUGUUGACUGCAAAGAGUUUACCUUUUGGAAUUGGGAAAUCUGAUGCUAGCUUGGUUUUACUUGGGACUACGACCUCCAUGGCAGCUGCUAGUGCUUGUUUUUUGUACAUUCUUAGCACACAGUUUUCGGGAACUUCGUGUUCGUAUUGUUUGUUAUCGGCUUUCCUCUCCUUCAGCUUAUUUUUCAUCACUUUAAAGGAUUUUGGGUUCGAAAAAGUACAAAAAGAGGCGGGUUUAUUGGUGUGUAUAGCUGUCUUGGUGGCUGUGACUCUGAACAGGUCAUAUAGUGCACCUGUAUCCUCAAGCCCAUCUGAUGUUGAUCUUCCAUACUUUACAACUGAGAUAACAACACCAUCAAGUCCGUUUGCUAUAUCUCUUGCAAAGCAUCUAAAUGCUAUAGGUGCUAAAAUGUAUGGCGCUUUUUGGUGUUCACAUUGUGUUGAACAAAAACAGAUGUUUGGACGUGAAGCAGCGAAGGAAUUGAACUAUGUUGAGUGCUUCCCUGGUGGAUUUAGAAAGGGAACUAUAAUGGCAAAGGCAUGUAUUGAUGCCAAACUUGAAGGUUUUCCUACUUGGGUCAUCAAUGGACAGGUAUUGAGUGGAGAAAAAGAUUUGCUAGAGCUUGCAGAGGCAUCUGGGUUUGAGUUGAACGAAUUUAGUCAGACCCUCAUAGAGUAAGCAACCAUGUUAUAGCAUCAUAUCACACGUAACGAUCGUAGAAACUUCCCUUGCAUUACAUAGCUGAUGAUGAUUAUUCACACCAACUAGGCACCUUGGGUGGUAUAUUGUUACCGGUGGUUUUCUGUAUUUGUUACAAGUCACUAGACUACAUAAAUAAAGUUAGCAAAAGGUGUACAUUUGAAACUAUUUGAUUUAGAAGCGUGACUGGGAAGUUUCCUUAGUCAAAUUUUACCAAUA